UUUUUUCAUUCGAAACAAUAUGAAAAGGAAAAAAAACUAGUACUUGCUUCGACCGACGACGAGGCUAUAUUCCGCGUUCUCUGUAGCUAAAAAACUCCUUACGCUCGAUUCGGAUCUCUCUCUAUCUAUAUAUAUACACACAAACUCACAGAUACACAAAUAUGUAUGAAUAAGGAUAUGAACUGAAGAGGUCUUCAGAUUUCGAAGUUUCAAGUAAGCAUUCUCAAUUGGAACACACUAUACAUACACACGAGGAGUGAUCUACGUCUCCAAUGGCGCGUCCUUUUCCAUCUUCUGCGUUUCCUCUGAUCCUCUUGUUCCCCUUGCUUCUCAACGUCGCUGUUCACUGCAAAACCCUCAAAAGAGACGUGAAAGCUUUGAAUGAAAUUAAGGCCUCUUUGGGAUGGAGGGUGGUUUAUGCAUGGGUAGGAGAUGAUCCUUGUGGAGAUGGUGAUUUACCACCGUGGUCUGGAGUCACGUGCUCGACUCAGGGUGAUUAUAGAGUGGUUACGGAACUGGAAGUUUAUGCAGUGUCAAUAGUUGGACCUUUUCCUACUGCUGUAACCAAUUUGUUGGAUCUAAGUAGGCUGGAUCUCCACAACAACAAGUUAACCGGGCCAAUUCCACCUCAAAUUGGUCGUUUGAAGCGUCUUAAAGUACUUAAUUUGAGAUGGAAUAAGCUGCAAGAUGUCAUUCCUCCUGAAAUAGGAGAACUAAAAGGACUAACACAUCUAUACCUGAGUUUCAAUAAUUUCAAAGGAGAAAUUCCCAAGGAGCUUGCGAGUCUUCCCGAGCUACGCUAUCUCUAUCUACAUGAAAAUCGUUUUAUUGGGCGAGUUCCACCAGAAUUGGGAACCCUGCAAAACCUUCGGCACUUGGAUGUUGGAAACAAUCAUUUGGUGGGAACCAUAAGGGAACUAAUACGUAUUGAGGGAUGUUUUCCAGCUCUUCGCAACCUUUAUCUGAACAAUAAUUAUCUUACCGGAGGCAUCCCAUCGCAGCUUGCGAACUUGACGAAUUUGGAAAUCUUGCAUCUAUCAUACAACAAAAUGACUGGAAUAAUACCAUCUGGAGUAGCCCAUAUUCCCAAGUUGACUUACUUGUAUCUGGAUCACAACCAAUUUACUGGGAGAAUUCCCGACGCUUUCUAUAAGCACCCCAACUUGAAAGAAAUGUACAUUGAUGGAAAUGCAUUCCGGCAAGGCGUGAUCCCAAUUGGUGUCCACAAAGUCCUUGAAGUUUCUGAUACGGACUUCUUGUUUUAGUCAAAAUAUCAACCCAUUCUUCAUUUGUAGAAGUUUACAAUUUUUUGGAAAAAUGAGGGUUCAAUGGAUGAUGUUCUGAAUGGAAAUAAGAAUUCAAUUGAUGUUCCAAAUGAAGUUGUGUUGGUAGUUUUCUAUGAUUCUAUCACCUCUCGCCUGUAAGGUGUUGCUUUACUGUAAAUAGUUUCAUAUUGCAAGACAUCGGGUUAGUCAAAGACAUCAACCCAUUCUUAAUGAAGACAACCUCCAUAAUCAGUUUGUACUGUAUCUGGUUUCAUAAUGCAAUCAAAUAUAUAUAUAUUUUUUACUGCA